AUGGGCAUUGAGACUGGAACCAUUGUUCCCUGCGAGCAGCAUGGGCUUCCAUGUGAGAGGCGUGUAGCCUUUGAGGGAUUUGAGACGGGCAGGAGGUUUUUAGCCUGUCCUCUUAAAGAAGGUCAGAACUGUGGUUCUGUUCAAUGGGUUGACCCAGAGUGGCCUCGUACAAUGCAAAAUGCACUGUUGAAGCUAUGGGAAAUGUAUCAAGACAACAAGAGUGAUAGGAGGAAGGAUAACCUGGAGAGUUCACUCACUAUUCAUCAUUUGACAGAAGAAAAAAAUAAACUGGAGGCCAACUAUGACAAAUUAGUUGAAGAUGUUCAUGAACUUUUGAAUGCCCAAGAGGAUAGGGUGCUGGAUUUCAGAUAUUUGCAGUCUAAGAGUGCAGAGGAGAGGAAUGCUGAGGUGACCAACUCAGUUGUCUCAGAUAUGAAGACAGAGAUGGAGAAGAAAGAGGCAGAGAUCUUCAAGCUGCAAGGGAAGUAUGAAGUCCUUAUGAACCUGACAAAAGCCCAAGGCACUGUCAUCAGGAACCUGAAGUUUAACCAUUUGAAAGAGAAGGAAGUGCUUAGUGCAAACAUGAGGAACUUGCAGUUCCAGGGACAUGAUAAGCUCAUCCAAGAGAAUCUCCAGCUGAAGGAUCACAUGGGUGAUCUGAAAAAGGGCCAUGACAAGCUCACUAAAGAUAGGGCUCAGCUCAAGCUUCAGAUUGCUAAUCUGUUGAAGGCAGAGGAGAAGAACAAGCAGAAGAUGAAGGGGAUCCAGGCCAUCUUGGAUGAAUAA